AUGAUGGAGUUGAGUCAUAGUCUGACCCUCAAUGAGGAUGCACUUAAUCAGAUCCCGGAGGCAAAACGACCAGUCUUUAUCUUCGAAUGGUUACGUUUCCUGGAUAAAGUUUUAGUUGCCGCUCAAAAGAGCGAUAUUAAAGGAUGUCAGCAAAAGUUGGUAGAGCAACUUACCAGACACAUGCAGGGGGCUCCUGGUCCACCCACACGGCGUCUCAUAGCGAGGUGUCUUGCUACCUUAUUUAGUGUUGGUGACACAUUCCUGCUUUUUGAUACUGUCAACAAGUGCAAUGAUAUCUUGAGGAACAAGGAUGACUCGCCAAGUUUUCUACCCACAAAAUUAGCGGCUAUCUGCUGUGUGGGAUGCAUGUACGAGAAACUAGGGAGAAUGAUGGGCAGGUCAUACGAGGAAACUGUGCAAAUCUUAAUAAAGUCGCUGCGUUCUGCAGAGUCACAAACGCGAAUAGAAAUUAUGCAUACGUUGGAAAAGGUGUGUGCCGGAAUGGGAUCAGCAAUAACUAACGUGCAUAAAGAGAUAUAUAAAGUUUCCAGGCAUUAUUUGACUGAUCGAGUAAUGGCAGUGAGAUGUGCUGCUGCCAAGUGUUUGUUAGAGAUGUUAAAUCACGCACCGUUUUUGUACACCACCGAAAUUGAGAGCGUAGCGACUCUGUGUUUUCGAGCAUUUGAAGGCUCAAAUUAUGAAGUGAGAUGUUCCGUCGCGAAAUUAUUAGGCACUCUAGUAGCAAUGACACAACUCCCUUCACCUAAGAUAAAAAAUCCUGCAGUCGCGCACAACAAGAAUAUUAAACAGACGUCACUUGAAGAGGUGCUGAAUAUACUGAUGUCCGGGUUUCUGCGAGGUGGUGUCGGUUUCCUAAAGGGAACGGGCGAGAUAAUAAAAGGGACCUCUGGCAUAAAUAGAGAAGUGCGAGUUGGAGUGACACAUGCAUACGUGGUGUUUGUUCAAAUGUUGGGAGGAAUAUGGCUGGAACGUAACAUUGGCGCGUUAAUCGCGCAUGUAUUAGAUCUGGUCACAAAUCCGAAAGCUGCCAGCUCACACGUUGAAGCAGUGUACUCGCGCAAAUGCGUGAACUUCAUAUUACGCGGCACUGUCGGCAAAUUGCUGGGAGAAGGCGCUCAAGCUGCCGCUUGCAAAGAGAUAGCGCACAUUAUUUUGAAGCAAAUGAAUUCUAUCGACUUCAGUCCAGAGAACGCUAAAGACUGCAAUCAGGAGACACUGUUCAGCCAACACUUGUUGGUAUGCGCGUUGCAAGAAAUGGGCAGUUUAAUAUUGGGAUUGGGUACCACAGCCACGAAUUUAUUAUCCGAUCAAUCUCUAAGUCUGGUUGAUACUAUAAUGGCCGUCUUAGUACAUCCGUGUCAAGCGGCAAGAUUAGCAGCUUCCUGGUGUCUGCGAUGCAUAUGCGUGGCGGUACCGAGUCAAAUAACACCUUUGAUCGACCGUUGCGUCGACGGGAUCGAGAAUAUGCGUAGCUCACCUGAAGCUAUAGCCGGUUACAGCAGUGCUCUCGCCGCAGUUUUGGGAAGCGUUCGCUUGUCGCCCUUGGGAGUACCUCACACUAAGGGAAAGAUAAUCUUCAAUACCGCGGAAGAGCUCCUGAGAAGCGCGAGUCAGAACAGUCGCUUGUCUUUAAAUCGCACGCAUGCAGGAUGGCUGUUGAUAGGCGCAAUAAUGACUCUGGGUACCGCGGUAGUGAAGGGUUUAUUGCCAAGAAUGUUACUUCUAUGGCGAAACUCCUUCCCGCGAUCAAACAAGGAACUCGAAAGCGAGAAAGCGCGCGGCGAUGCUUUCACAUGGCAAGUAACUCUGGAAGGACGUGCCGGCGCGCUAUCCGCCAUGUAUAGUUUCCUGUUACAUUGCCCGGAGCUCCUGAACGACGACAUCACGCGACGAUUACUUACGCCGAUUGAGUCUGCACUGGCAAUGUUAACGAAUUUGUCACCCGUCUUGAAAAAUUAUGGCCAACAGUUGAAAGCCCCCGCGGCUAUGGUUCGUUUACGCUUAUACGAGACACUAUUGUUGUUACCACCACAAACGUUUGAAGGUUCAUAUACACACCUUCUGAGAAUGUUGGUAUCGGAGUUCACGCUUACGGAUAAUCCUGGAAACACGACUACCUCUUUAUUACGUGUGGUUUGCCAUGCUAACGACUCCGUGAUUCUGGGUACAUGGCUGCAGGAAACCGAUCACCGUACGAUAGAGGAUCAAAUGGAACCAAACAGAAGGGCAGAUUUGGAGCAUUUGCAACCAAACAGUGCUGCAGGAUCCGGGGCAUUGGAACACAAUACAUGCUGCCUUUAUAGGCCGAUACCACAUAUUGAAAUCAUUCCUGGUCCUCUGCCUCUCGGCGUGGCAGUGAUCGAUUUAUCGGUCACGUUAUUCGGCCAGAUAUUCCCGCGCGUAGCGAACAAGCACAGGUUGCAAAUGUUGGAUCACUUCAGCGAAUGUAUAAAGCACACCAAGUCCGGCAGGCAAGAGGCAAUACAGAUGAACGUAUUCACGGCUGUAUUGAGCGGUCUGAAGGGCCUCAAUGAAGCAAAAACGGGCUUCGGACAAGAAGACGUCAAGAAAUCUGCCACUAAUCUUAUCAUAAGCACGCUGGUCAGCGGUAAUCCUAUUUUACGAUGGGCGGCGGGCGAAGCGGUCGGCAGAAUGGCGCAAGUAAUUUCCGAUCCUAAAUUUACCGCGGAGCUGGCACAGACCAGUUUCGAUCGCUUGAAAUCGGCCCGCGACGUCGCCAGCAGAACCGGCCACUCGUUGGCGUUAGGCUGUCUGCACAAGUACGUUGGCGGAAUGGGCUCGAGCCAACAUCUCAAUACCAGCGUUAGCAUUCUGCUCGCUCUCGCGCAGGAUAACUCGUCUCCUGUGGUGCAAGUUUGGGCACUGCACGCUCUUUCUCUGAUAGCCGAUUCCGGUGGCCCAAUGUUCAGAGGCUACGUAGAGCCCACGUUAUCCUUAGCCUUGACUCUUCUUCUCAAUGUUCCUCAUUCCUACAUUGAUGUGCAUCAGUGUAUCGGUAAGGUGUUGUCGGCACUCAUCACAACUAUAGGGCCAGAAUUACAAGGCAACACGUCUACGAUCUGUAUGGCGCGGUCGUCAUUUUUGUGCGCGUGUGCCAUUAUGCAGGAUCAUCAAGAUCCGCUUGUUCAAGCCGAGGCGACCGGCUGCCUUCAACAAUUGCAUCUCUUUGCACCCAGACACGUCAAUUUGUCUUCCCUCGUUCCCACAUUAUGCCGCACUUUAUCGAGCAAUCAUUUACUUCUGCGUAAAGCUGCAAUAUCGUGUCUUCGGCAGCUCGCUCAGCGCGAAGCGAAGGAAGUGUGCGAGCAUGCGAUGACACUGGCUAAUGAAAGCAGGGACACUAAUGUGGUGGAAGGUCUCGUUAUUACAGAAACUGGUCUUCCAGGCGUGCUAUUCAGUAUGCUGGAUACAGAAACCGAUAGCAAAUUGAUCAAGGAUAUCCACGAUACUUUGACGAGCAUGCUGCAGAUAUUAGCGGCGGACAAUCUGUCUUUGUGGUUGUCGCUGUGCAAAGACGUUCUCACAAUAGCUUCAGAAUCGAGCACAAUCGAGGAAGGUAAUGCAGCGAAUGCGGAGGACAGCGCCGCUGACAAUGAGAACGUGGAUGCGGAAGGCGACGAUGAUCAGGCCGAGUUCCACGCUGACGAGUCUACCAAACAGCGACUGUCUAUCACACCGAGGUGGCCAACCAGAGUCUUCGCAGCGCAAUGCGUCAGACGUAUCGUCGCAGCCUGCGUGAACAACAAGCAGGCGCAUUUUGAUCUCGCGUUGGCCAAAGAGAUGCAACUCUCCAAAGGGAAAGGAGAUUUUCUGGUGUUACAUUUGUCGGAUUUGGUACGCAUGGCGUUCAUGGCUGCAACGAGCGACUGCGAUCCACUACGACUCGAGGGUCUCAAGACCUUACAAGAGAUCAUUGACAAAUUUGCCAAGGUUCCCGAGCCAGAGUUUCCCGGACACCUGCUGCUCGAGCAGUUUCAGGCACAGGUUGGGGCCGCAUUGAGACCGGCAUUUUCCGCGGAAACACCGUCGCACGUUACGGCCGCGGCAUGUGAGGCGUGCAGUGCAUGGAUCGGCAGCGGCGUCGCCAGAGAUCUCAAUGAUCUUCGAAGAGUGCACCAGUUACUCGUAUCAUCCCUGGAAAAAUUAACGGAAGGUAACACUCGAGCGCAGCUUUACAACGAGAGUCUUUCGACACUGGAGAGAUUGGCGAUCCUAAAAGCGUGGGCGGAGGUAUACGUAGUUGCGAUGAUAAGAGAUGGAUCUGCGUUAAACAGUAAAGACGUGACCAAUCGCAAUGCGAAUCAAGCCAAUGACGAGACCGAGGAAGAAUUUGGGGAGUUCGAGUUUCAGAGCGAAAGUUUGCUGAGUCUGGUUCAGCCAGAACUUCUGAGUCUGAGUCAGCAUUGGCUGUCUGCAUUGAGAGAUCACGCGUUGCUUUCUUUGCCGCCAGAAUUCUCCAGCCAAUUGCCGCAUGACGGUGGAGCAUUUUACACAACCGAUACUAUGGAGUCUGCUCGUCCUCACUACGUGGAAUCGUGGGCGCCGAUUCUUCACGCCGCGACGCUUUGGGUCAAUGCGAGAGGAUUCAAAAUGGGAAACGAUGACCAGGAAAAAGGGACGACGAAUAUUACUAACAACAAUCAUACCAGUAACAAUAAUAACAACAACGAUGAAGCCGCCGCUUCUAAAACUAAUAUGAACAUUGAACGUUUCCACUUAUUAUUCGGCAUAUGCAUGGAAGCUUUGUGCAGUCCUCGUUCCUCCGAAUCGCCGCAAAAUAUAGAGACAUGUUUAAACGCCUUGUAUACGCUGCUCGAUUCAACGUGGGCGCGUAAGGUUUUUAUCACGGAUCGUUCUUUGCCAAUCGAAUUGUGCAAUGUUCUUCACAGAUUGCUUUUAACACGAGAGAGUUACGUCAUCCAAAUGAUAGUGAUGGAAGUUCUGAAGCAGGUGAUGAAAGCGGCGCAGGAGGAUCUCGCUGUGAGGAAGACCUUGAAACUUAAAGAUGACGCAUCGGCGCAUCAAGAAAGCAAUGAGACAUUGGAACUCGAUCUGUUGGGCGAAGGAGAAGAAAAUGGCGAACUCCCGCCGGGCAAAUCGUUGGUGUUUGCUGUCUUGGAAGUGUGUCUGUGUCUUCUAGUGCGACAGAUACCAGCGUUGAAUCCAAAUCCCGGCGGUGCCACUGCCAUUUUGUCUCAAAGGGGAUACGUGCCGUCUGAAGAGAGUGGCAAACUGAUCGCGUUGUCCCUUAAUAUAAUGGAAUCCCUUCCAACGCUAUGUUCUCCACGAGGUGCGACAGCAAUUCUUCCGACGUUGUUGUACCUAGCGACUGGUGUUAUACGAGAAACCGCGGUGCGAACGGAGAAUGAUACUACCAAACCCGGUUCGGAGAUGCCGAUCCAUGCCGCGUUGCAUUGCGUCAAGAGUCUUACCAGUAACAAAUAUGCUAAAGAUCACAGAAGUCAAGAGCAAUGGACGGGACUGCUGCGAAGUGCACUUGCUAAGAUUAUCGAUCUAGCUAAAACAGGAAAUGAUGAAACUAAAAUGGACGAAGUAGCCAUGAUGUUGGGUAUCGCCGUAUUUGUGCUACAUGCACCGCCAGAGGUAGUGAGCGCUCCAAAUCUGCAAUUCCCGUGUAUCAAUCACUUCCGACAUGCGUUCCAGUCUGAGAACUUAACGGUAAAACUGAAAUGCGUACAAACGUUAAGAACGAUAUUUGUGCAUCCGGAGCGCAACAUAAGUACUCCGUACAUUCACGCACUCGCGCCACGCCUGGUGGAGUACUUAUACAGCGACAGGAGCAAACAAGUGACAAACGACAUGGAACUGAACUUUACGUUAGAGUGCAUCAGCACGGUGGAAGCUCUCAUUGGACUCGUCGAUCUUUCCAAUCGAGACCUGUUGCAAGGUAUUCAAAUGCUGACUCUGCUCGUGCCGAUUCUGAUCAACUACCUGUUGGAAGGGGACGAGCUUCAGCGCGCUGCCAAGUAUCAGGCAAGUCUCCAUCAGCAAAGUUUCCAGUGGCUCAAUAAAAUCGGGCCAAAAUAUCCGCAGGAAUUCAAGACGCUGAUGUCGCAAUCCACUGAGCUGAAAAUUAAAUUGGAAAACGCCGUACGAUCUAGCCAUCAACAGGCGCAGCGUCACACCCGACCGGUCGAUCCUGUGAAGCCGCAGAUAAAAAUAUCUGCGCCGUCGAUCAAGUUAAAAACUGACUUUUCUAACUUCAAUUAGAAAAGCAUAUCCACUACGAAUGCAAAACUGCAUAAGACUAGCAAAAUGAUCGAUUCUGUUAUCGUGGUAUAACGACUGCAUUAAUGCAACUGACCUCAUUCAAUAAUUAUUGAUCAGACAAAUCGAAUUAAUUGCUAUAUGUAAUACUUUAGUGAUAAUUACAAAGUGAUAUAAUAUCACUUAAGAUUUUGCUGUUAGAAAAUCUUACCUGACUGUACUUAGGAUUAAAGGAUUGGAAGUUAGCGACAUUAACGGUGAAUACAAAAGAUAGAAAAAUUAUCGCGAAUAAUUGCAUGAUUAAUUACUGUGACGGUAAUUAUUAUUAAUCGAAAAUAUUUAUUAUGAAUUCUUUUUGUCCUGUUCAAUUUCUUCAUUAUCGAGUAUAUAACAUGUUCCUAAUAUUCUGUUCAUUUUCUGAAGUGCAAGAAUGAAACUUCAUAUUAAAUCCUCAAACUGUACAUAUGUAGAAUCCAGCUUACAUCAUAGAAUUUAUUAAUUUAUUUAGUAAUAAAAAUAAAUGUGGUGUUGCCAGUUUUGUUUCACAGCUCCGACAGUUACGAAUAAUAAUAACGAGUAACAGUUUUAUUCUGUGAAAAGUGUGGUAUCAAAAAUUUUAAAGGGCUGCAAAUGCCAAUAUAACAUGCACAAAAAAAAUAAAUUAUAGGUAUAAUAUAUUUUAGUAAGUUAUAAUAUAAACAUCUUUCUGUGCUCAUUCUUUAAAUCAUAUUGAUUUACAAUUAUAUUAAUCUUAAUAUAAAAAGCAUAUUAAGUUUUAUUUUUUAAUAAUUCUUAAUAACUGAUUUUAUAUUAUCGAUAGAAUUAUUUAUUAACAGAUUACAAAUAGAAACGUUUAGCAAAAUUCUAUUUGUCAUAAAAAUAUACGAGAAUACGAUAAGGAUUAGCAGUUUUAAAGCAAACAGAUUUAACCGAAAACAUACUCUUCUGAACAAGAAGACUGAUAAACCUGUGUUGCGCGCUUUUUGUUUAAUUACUUUAGGUAGCAAACAGCAUUGUACAUGUGUUUACUUUUUUAUGUAUGUAGAGUUGAUAAGACUUGAUAAAGUUGUAAUAACACAACUCUAAAACAAUGUCUGAUGUGACAUAUCUGUAGCAAGCUAUUUUUCGUAAUGUCCAAUAUUUUAGAAUUGAGAAUAACAGGUUUCUUUUCUCUAACUACGAUGAAAUAUGAAAUGCGUAUUCACUAAAUUGAUAUCGUACAAUGCUGGGCAUUACAGUAAAUUAAUGUCCUUAGUAAUUCUUAAAAUUUGUAUGGACAAAUUUUUUGUGUAUUCGAUCUUUAGAGGGAUUAGACUGUAGUUCAAUUUGAAAAAAAUAAUGAUAAACUGCGUGACGCGCGUAGGGCAUAAGUAGAAAAUAGAAUACUAAUUCGAAAGGUAUCUUCGAAUCCAACGAGGGAGAUAUAGUAGUCACAUUAAUUAAUGAUAUCGUCUCAAAAUCGAUAGAGAUUAAAAUCAAUGGACACCUAGUAAAAAAAAUUUAGAUGCGAGAAUUUAGACGGUGUUACAGCACGAAUGUUAGUCGACAGUUUGCGGACCAUGUCUUCAAUCGUCAUUUCAUAAUUGAGCAACGUUCCUGCGAGAGAUAGAUGAUAAAACGAUCGACAGGGGAUUCAUCGUGCGAGAUUGAAUUCCCAAGGUCUCUUUUAGCUCGUUUAUUUCUCAACAGGGCGAUUUGGGUUCGUAUAUGAGACUGUCUUUCCAUUUAAUCUUUGACGUAGCAAGUUUCACACGACAUAUGUAUAUAAUUAAGUUCAAAUUGGCGCAGUAGAUCUGGUGUAACGCAUGAAAUUACCGAUAAAUUUACCAGAAAAACCGAAAAAGGAAUCAUUAGAAGUGCGGAAAGAAUUAUGUGCUCGAUAGAUGUUCUACUAUUUUUCUAUGGUUAUUUUAAUGAUUGACACGUUGAUUGUUUGGAAUUUUUAAUUGCACGUCCGCGGCAACGUGGCCGUUUAUAUGUAUUAUAUAUCUGAUCCAUUGAACUUCCAUGUAUGAUAUUAAAUUUAAAUAUUAAAGCGUUUUAUCCCAUCGGCAACAACGUUGUCUGAGUAAUGGUACAACUAUACGUACAUAAUGUUGUAUUACAUAACAAUUGUGUCGAAAGAAAUAAAGAGUAGACUUAAUUA